AUGGCUACGCAACACCCGACACCAUUCGCCCGAGAAUCAUGUCACGAGGCUGAUCCACCAUUGCUGGUCGCCUGGAGUACCGUGCCGAGUAUGAGAAUGCCGACGCCAGAAAGAGCUGCGUAUCGACGACCGAGCCAAUCGCUGAGGGGAUGCGAGACGAAGAUAUAUCUGUCAGCAUGGUUCUGGGCAUCGACGCACCCGAUUAUUGAGGUCUCGUCAAGCGAAAUGCCUCACUCGACUGCCCCUCAGCGCGACGUCUGCAGCAUCAUGGCCGUCGCAAGACGCAGUAGGAUAUAUAUGAAGCGCAUGUGGUCUUACCCCCAUACUGAAGCGCCAAUGCCGAAGAAGAAGCACAAAAAGUACAACCUCCGUGCGGCCAGUACCGCGGGGCUCUUGAAGUUGGCCAUUGAGUAG